CCCAUCUAGGCGCACUCCCGGUUGAUUUUCCCAGAAUGGAGCAGUGAGCCAGUUACGGCGGUGAAAACCGUUCUCUUCUGAACACCCACCGACUGAGACCAUGAUAUUGCCUUGACACCCGGAUUUGCGACACAUUUAAGCCUUCCAGUUUUACGUUGGAUUUCCGAGGAAAACGUUCUGGAUUUGUGACAGGUGAACUAUCGUGUUGUUUCCUGCCAGACCUUAGUGGGCAGUGAGCUCGGCUGUCUAGCUAUACUACACCAAAAGAUGGAUCAGCUGUCAGACGAGGAGCUGGACCAUACAGAGGGAGGAGGAGAGGAGGAGGACAGUGACAAAGAGGAUCAGGAUCUGGACAAAAUGUUUGGAGCCUGGCUGGGAGAGCUGGAUAAACUCACACAGAAUCUAGAUGAUGGCUUCACAGAGACUGUAAAGAAGGCCCCUCAGAAGGCCCCUCUCAGACAGGAGACCAACAUGGCUAACUUCUGUAACCGCUUCUCCAUGUACAACAUCAACGAGGCUCUAAACCAGGGUGGCGACAAUGUAGACCUGGAUUCCCUGAUGGCAGACCUGUGUUCCAUAGAGCAGGAGCUAACCACCAUCGGCAAGCCAAACGCCAAGCUCCGCCAAAAACCCACCGCCGGGCGCAGCAGCAGUGCCAAGGGGCAUGGUGGAGCUGGAGGUAGUGGAGGAGGCACCUCCAGCAGUGGGGACAGUACCUCCUCCAGUACCCGGGCCUCACCGGCCUCUACGGUGGCAGCUCGCCACGGGCGCCCCAUGGCUUCCAACCUGUCCCUGGAUGAUAUCACGGCCCAGCUGGAGCAGGCGUCUCUCAGUAUGGACGAGGCUGCUAGACAGAGCUCCCACUCCUUGGCUAGUGGCUCCACCUCUUCCUCUUCCUCCUCCACCAUGCGGAGGCCCGCCUCCCACCAUCACACACACCGCCGGACAGGCUCGGUGGGGACGGUCAGCGAACACGAGGCCCUGUCUUUCUCCCUCUCGUCUCGGUCGUCGGUGAACUCUGCGUCGGCCAGCAGCAUGGAUUCUCUGGAUAGGCCCUCGGAACAGGACGGGGUCACGCCUACACAACAGGGACCCAAUCAGGGCCCCCCGGGCAACACCGAGCACUCCUAUCUGGACAGGGAAACCUCCCUGAUUCUGAAAAAUAUAGCUGGAAAACCCUCUCACUUGCUGACCAAGGAAGAACAGGCUGCCAAGACCAAGGCAGAGAAGAUCCGUGUGGCUCUGGAGAAGAUCAAGGAGGCGCAAGUUAAAAAGCUGGUGAUCAGAGUGCACCUGUCAGAUGAGAGCUCUAAAACCAUGAUGGUGGACGAGAGACAGACGGUCAGACAGGUUCUGGACAGCUUGUUGGACAAGUCCCACUGUGGCUUCAGCCCUGACUGGUCCCUGGUCGAGACCAUCAACGAACUACAGAUGGAGCGUAUCUUUGAGGACCAUGAGAACCUGGUUGAGAACCUGCUGAACUGGACCAGAGACAGUCAGAACAGACUGAUGUUCAUAGAACGCUUGGAGAAGUACGCCCUCUUCAAGAACCCGCAGAACUAUUUAUUGGGGCGGAAGGAGACGUGUGAGAUGGCAGACCGGAACAAGGAGGCACUACUGGAGGAAUGUUUUUGUGGCAGCUCCGUCUCUGUACCUGAGAUGGAGGGAGUACUCUGGCUGAAGGAGGAUGGGAAGAAGAGCUGGAAGAAGAGAUACUUCCUGCUCAGAGCCUCUGGGAUCUACUAUGUACCUAAAGGAAAAGCCAAGGCUUCCAGAGAACUGGUGUGUUUCCUCCAGCUGGAUCAUGUCAAUGUGUACAACGGACAGGACUAUCGCAGCAAGUACAAGGCCCCCACAGACUACUGCCUGGCCCUCAAGCAUCCUCAGAUCCAGAAGAAAUCCCAGUACAUCAAGUACCUGUGUUGUAAUGAUGUCAGAACUCUACACCAGUGGAUCAAUGGGAUACGCAUCGCCAAGUACGGGAAGACCCUGUAUGUGAACUACCAGGAGGCUAUGAAGAGGACUGAGGCAGCCUACGACUGGUCCUCUCUCUCUAGCUCCUCUAUCAAGUCUGGAUCCAGCUCCUCCAGCCUGCCUGAGUCCCAGUCGACCCACUGCAGUAGUGAUAGUGGUGUUGCUGUGUCAGAGAACAACCUGUCAGGCCACAGCCGCUCUCAGAGCCAGGUCAGCUCCAUCUUCUCCGAGGCCUGGAAGAGAGGCACCCAGGAUGAGUUGAGGAUGGAGUCAGUGAGCAGACCCUACCCCCUGAUGCUGCCCUCCAUGCACCAGUCAGCCCCCGCAUCCCGAACCAGCUACACCAGUGUCUCCCCCGAAUCCUCCCACUCUCCCCCCGACCCUCCCCCUCCUUCUCCUCCCCCACUUCCCCACCCCCCUCACCAGGCUGCCCCUACCAACUUUGUCAAGUACAGCACCAUCGCCCGCCUGCAGGGUGGCGCCAACCAGGCUGCUAAUCAUUACAAUGUCCAACCAAUGGGGCAGCAGGAAGGCCCUCCGGCCCCGCCCCUCCAGUCUGUCAAACCCAACUACAACACGCUCCCAUUGGCUCCCACUAACUACAACACCAUGCCAUUGGCUCCUAGCAACUACAACCCUCCUCCUCCUCCUCCCCCCUGUUCCAUGCCUGCUCCAGGCUCUGCCAUGGCCUCUCUGAGGUUCAGCCUCCCCAGCUCUGUUCCUCAGUUCAUCCCCCCUCCUCCCCCCCCGGCCCAAACCCCGCCCCCCCCUCCACCCCCAGAGGAGGACCACCAGUGCCCCCCUCUCAGUAACACCGGGUUGCAGCAGUUCCUGGCCCAAAAGUUCCCCAAUAUGAACUAUGACUUCUCUGAGCUGGAUGGCCAACCUGAGUCCCCUCCUCCCCCUCCUGCCCUCUCCCCCCUGUCCCCCAUACUGCCACCCCCCACACCUCCCAAAACCUUCUCUGGUGUCUUCCCGCCUCAGACGGCUCCUAAGACCUUUGGUUCAGGGAUCCCCCUGUCCCCAGUGUCGCCCUACCCUCCUUCUGGUCCAAUGAAAAAGCAGCAAAGCUUCUCGACAGGCCAUUCGCCCAAUCAGCCGCCUUCCACGAUGCCCAAACAGCACAUCUUCUCCUCUAAAACCCUCCCCCUGUCCGCCCCCAUCUCCCCCACUCCCUCCCUGGCCAAACAGAUAGUCAACCAGUUCCCAGGAGCCCCCCUGGCCCCGCAGUCCCCCCCGGCGGUCAAGGCUAAACCAAGAUGGCAGCCAGGGGGUCAGAUCCCGCCCCAGUCCCCUGAAUUCCCCCUUCCUCCUCCUCUCUCCCCUUCCAAGAUGGGCUCCCCCAUUAAGAAGUCUCCCUCCACCUCCUCCACCUCAUCAAGCGGCUCCUUUGGGAAGAGAGGGCCUCCUCCCACCCCCCAGCGCGCCUCCUCCAUCAAGUCUAACUCCUCAGGGGAUUACCAGGAGGAGGGCCAGAGGCAGCCUAAGAAGGUGGAGUCUCUGGUCAGUAAGUUUGCCCAGCCUGGCCUCGGCUCCUGCAACUCCUCCACCGCCACCUCCUCUGGAUCUCCCGCUAAAGAUGUGGGGUCUCCUGCUCUUCCUGCUCCUCCUAAACCAGGCAAGCUGAACCUGUCAGCCCUCCCUCUAGUCCUCCAGGGUCUGCAGACAGGGCAGCACCGCCAGCCCAGUGAAGACUUCCCCUCUCUUCCUCAGUACCGCCAGCCCAGUGGAGACUUCCCCUCUCUUCCUCAGUACCGCCAGCCCAGUGAAGACUUCCCCUCUCCUCCUCAGUACCGCCAGCCCAGUGAAGACUUCCCCUCUCCUCCUCAGUACCGCCAGCCCAGUGAAGACUUCCCCUCUCCUCCUCAGUACCGCCAGCCCAGUGAAGACUUCCUCUCUCUUCCUCAGUACCGCCAGCCCAGUGGAGACUUCCCCUCUCUUCCUCAGUACCGCCUGCCCAGUGAAGACUUCCCCUCUCUUCCUCAGUACCGCCUGCCCAGUGAAGACUUCCCCUCUCUUCCUCAGUACCGCCAGCCCAGUGAAGACUUCCCCCCUCCUCCUCCCGACUCUGAGCUUCUCCCCCCGCCCCCCCUCCUCUCUGAGCUCCACCCGGGGGCCCCCAGGGUCGCAGUGGUAAACCCCCAGCCGCAGGCUACGCCCAUCUCCCACCCCGUCAGCCAAUCAUCAUGGAAGACGCAGUCACUAAAGAAGACUCCGCCUCUGACGCUGCACAGGCUGUCCCGGAGCCACACGGUCCAGGAGCCCUUACCCCUGUCCCCCCCGUACCAGCACCAGACCCCCCCAGCCUCCUUCGCCUGUCCCCGGCUCCCCACCUCCCCCGGGGUGCCUAAGGGGGGCGGUACCCUCUCCUCGGUCCAACCAAACUUCCUGGAGGACCUGAACCGGACCUUGAAGAGGAAGUCUAUCUCACGUCAUGGCUCCCUCACGCGUCACGGUUCCACCCGGUUGGAACCCGUCUCAAUGGACGACAUGGCCCUCCCCCCUCCACCCCCUCCAGACCAACAGAGGGGGGGGCAGGGCGGGGGCCACGGGUACAUGUCCUCAGGCUAUGCAACGUUACGGCGGGGGCCGCGCCCUGCCCCGCCAAAAAGGGACGAAAGCACCAAACUGACGGGUGAGUGGUAGCUAGGGGGUGGAUAGUGGUGGUAGCUAGGGAGAGGAGGAUGACUUGGGCCGAGCUGCCAAGGCUAUGGACCCAUCAAGGUCCCAGUCUACAGACUGACUACAGCCUAUGGACCCAUCAAUGUCCCAGUCUACAGACUGACUGCAGCCUAUGGACCCAUCAAGGUCCCAGUCUACAGACUGACUACAGCCUAUGGACCCAUCAAGGUCCCAGUCUACAGACUGACUACAGCCUAUGGACCCAUCAAUGUCCCAGUCUACAGACUGACUACAGCCUAUGGACCCAUCAAUGUCCCAGUCUACAGACUGACUACAGCCUAUGGACCCAUCAAGGUCCCAAUCUACAGACUGACUACAGCCUAUGGACCCAUCAAUGUCCCAGUCUACAGACUGACUACAGCCUAUGGACCCAUCAAUGUCCCAGUCUACUGACUGACUACAGCCUAUGGACCCAUCAAGGUCUCAAUCUACAGACUGACUACAGCCUAUGGACCCAUCAAUGUCCCAGUCUACAGACUGACUACAGCCUAUGGACCCAUCAAGGGCCCAGUCUACAGACUGACUACAGCCUAUGGACCCAUCAAGGGCCCAGUCUACAGACUGACUACAGCCUAUGGACCCAUCAAGGUCCCAGUCUACAGACUGACUACAGCCUAUGGACCCAUCAAGGUCCCAGUCUACAGACUGACUACAGCCUAUGGACCCAUCAAGGGCCCAGUCUACAGACUGACUACAGCCUAUGGGGACCCAACAAGGGCCCAGUCUACAGACUGACUACAGCCUAUGGGGACCCAUCAAGGGCCCAGUCUACGGACCCAUCAAAAUCACAGUCUACAGACUGACUACAGCCUAUGGCCCAAUCUAGAGCACAGUCUACAGACUAUAUGGACCCUACAGGCUGCUCUCCCUACAAACCAAACGGACCCGAAACGUUCUUAUUAUACAAUAAGAAACGUUCAUUAUGGCGUGCACUAAUGAAUACGACCCAGAACUCGGCCUGUCUCUUCUCCCCUCGUCUCCUCUCUUCUCCCCUCGUCUCCUCACGUCUCGUCUCCUCACGUCUCUUCUCCUCACGUCUCUUCUCCCCUCGUCUCUUCUCCCCUCGUCUCCUCUCCCCUCGUCUCCUCUCCCCUCGUCUCCCCAUCCCCUCGUCUCUUCUCCCCCCAUCUCUUCUCCCCCCAUCUCCUCUCGUCUCCUCUCCCCUCGUCUCUUCUCCCCUCGUCUCCUCUCGUCUCCUCUCCCCUCGUCUCCUCUCCCCUCGUCUCCUCUCCCCUCGUCUCCUCUCCCCUCGUCUCUUCUCCCCUCGUCUCUUCUCCCCUCGUCUCCCCUCGUCUCUUCUCCCCUCGUCUCCUCACGUCUCGUCUCCCCUCGUCUCGUCUCUUCUCGUCUCUUCUCCCCUCGUCUCUUCUCCCCUCGUCUCCCCUCGUCUCCUCUCCCCCCGUCUCCCCUCGUCUCGUCUCCUCUCCCCUCGUCUCCUCUCCCCCCGUCUCCCCUCGUCUCGUCUCCUCUCUCCUCGUCUCCUCUCCCCUCGUCUCGUCUCCUCUCGUGCCACACCGACAGGACUGAGCUGGAAGAAGAAUCCUGUUCCCUGUAAAUCCCAGACUGUUUAUUCCAUCCUUUGUCUACGUUAUAAUAUAACUCUAUGAAAUGAGAGAGCAAGUUAAACCACCUAUCAAGCUUUUCCACAUGUUUGUGCCGCUUUGCAUUGAAAUAUAACAACAAUAAAAAAAAUAACAAGAAUUCAGCUGCAAUAUAAACAGGUACUUUAUGGACUAGCUGUACUGUAUGGACAUGUUGUUACCUUAGCAACUGUCUGGGGUUUGGGAGGGGUGUAUAGACAUACAGUGAGUCAGUAGGAUUCACCCCCUUGGAUUUGUUCAUAUUGUUUUUGCGUUACAGACUGGGAUUGAAGUCAGUAGGAUUCACCCCCUUGGAUUUGUUUAUAUUGUUUUUGCGUUACAGACUGGGAUUGAAAUUUAAUUAAUUGUGUUUUUUUUUUAAUAUAUUUUUUAUUAUUGAUUUACACAAUACUCUAAUGUCAAACAGGAAAGAAAAAAAAAAAAAAAUGUAAUUGUUAAUUCCAAAUAAAAUACUGAUAUACGUUCAAUAGAUAAGUAUUCACCCACGUGAGUCAAUACACGUUAGAAAAACCAUUUGGCAGGGAUUACACCUGUGAGUAUGUAAAGCCUUGUUCACACUGCAGACCUUUAAUGCUCAAUUUAGUUUUGAAAAACUGACUGUCCAAGCAAUUAUACAAGUGACCAAAUCAGAUUUGUAUGUGUUCAGACAGCAGUCAUUUGCUAACAUGGUAAUGAUGCAUGUGUGUGCAGAGGUGUAGGCUGAUUGCUUGUGGCGAUGUUUACAGAUGUAGGAUCUUAAUUUGAGACAGUUUCCUAAAGCAGAAAAAUAAUCCUGCAGCAACAGGAAAUGUAAAUUAUAAUGGGGAUUAUAAUUAAUGGAAUUUUUUUGUAGGUCUUUAUAAAAAAAUUCUGUAGGGCGAAUCAAAUCUGACAUUUUAAAGUGGAAAUUACAAACUUUAGAAGCCAAUUCAAACCUUGAAUACACUGCAAAUGUGCGUCUGCAGGAAAAUUCUCAGCAACAAAAGAUUGAUCAAAUUAAAAUCCUACAUCUGUAGUUUUCUAGCACAUUAAUUCAUUUGUAAAUGAACACGUUAGUUAGCUACCACAUGUUCUUGUCAACCUGUCAACAGAGUAGCUAGCAAGCAACAAGAUAUGCCAAAUAACAGUAUAAAUACCAUGUGAUUACAAAUAAAUCCGAUUUGACCGUUCAGACACAAGUUGCUUGGCCAGAAAUCAUAUCUGCAUGUGGAUUGAAAUAUCCAAUUCCAUGUGCUUUUUGGCUGUUCAGACUUCAGGAAACAGCACCAAAAAAAAAUGCAACAAAAAUAGGAUUUGAGUCACUUCAAACUGCCAAUGUGAACCAGGCUUAAGAGCUUUCCACACCUGGAUUGUGCAAUAUUUGCACAUUUAUUCAUUUAAAAAAUUGUUCAAGCGCUGUCAAUGUGUUGGAGAUAAUGGCUAGACGGUAAUUUUCAAUUCUAGCCAUAGAUCUUCAAGCAGAAUAAGGUCCAAACGGUAACUAGGCCACUCAGGAACAUUCAAUAUCUUCUUGGUAAGUGACUCCAGUGUAGAUUUGGCCUUGUGUUUUAGGUUAUUGUCCUGCUGGAAAGGUGAAUUCAUCUCCCAGAAUGCAGAGGGAAGCAUAUUUUUCCUCUAGGAUUUUGCCUUUCUGUUUUAUCCUGAAAAACUCCCCAGUAUUUGCCGAUGUCAAGCAUACCCAUAACAUGAUGCAGCCACCACCAUGCUUGAAAAUAAAGAGACAGUUACUCAGUGAUGUGUUGUGUUGAAUUUGCACCAAACAUAAGGCUUUACAUUCAUCACAAACAGUUCCAUUGAAUCCCACUUUGUCACGCAGCAAAAUGUCCAAAUCCAAGGUUGGGUGAAUACUUCUGAUACCCACUGUAUAUAGGGAGAGGGGGUAACUUUUACUUUUGUGUUUUUAUAUAUAAGAUGAUUUAAUACCUGAAAUGUAUUAUUUUAAAAGUUAUGUUUUUAAAGCGUAGUGAGUGAAUAUGAAUCGUGAGUAGUAGUAGAGACCAGGUUUGAUGUGGAGAUGGCUCUGGUCCAGGGUUUUACGUGUGGCAGGUUCAGCUUCAACAAGCCACAUGUAACACCCUGGACCAGAGCUAGUGUGGAGGCAGACAUGUGUGUUUAUAGGAGCAGUAUAGGGAGGGAUCCCUGGUGUAGUUGGAUAUGGGACAGACAGACACUGGUGUAGUUGGAUAUGGGACAGACAGACAGACACUGGUGUAGUUGGAUAUGAGACAGACAGACAGACACUGGUGUAGUUGGAUAUGGGACAGACAGACAGACACGGGUGUAGUUGGAUAUGAGACAGACAGACAGACACUGGUGUAGUUGGAUAUGAGACAGACAGACAGACACGGGUGUAGUUGGAUAUGGGACAGACAGACAGACACUGGUGUAGUUGGAUAUGGGACAGACAGACAGACACUGGUGUAGUUGGAUAUGGGACAGACAGACAGACACGGGUGUAGUUGGAUAUGAGACAGACAGACAGACACUGGUGUAGUUGGAUAUGAGACAGACAGACAGACACUGGUGUAGUUGGAUAUGGGACAGACAGACAGACACUGGUGUAGUUGGAUAUGGGACAGACAGACAGACACUGGUGUAGUUGGAUAUGGGACAGACAGACAGACACUGGUGUAGUUGGAUAUGAGACAGACAGACAGACACUGGUGUAGUUGGAUAUGGGACAGACAGACAGACACUGGUGUAGUUGGAUAUGAGACAGACAGACAGACACGGGUGUAGUUGGAUAUGGGACAGACAGACAGACACUGGUGUAGUUGGAUAUGGGACAGACAGACAGACACUGGUGUAGUUGGAUAUGAGACAGACAGACAGACACUGGUGUAGUUGGAUAUGAGACAGACAGACAGACACGGGUGUAGUUGGAUAUGGGACAGACAGACAGACACUGGUGUAGUUGGAUAUGGGACAGACAGACAGACACUGGUGUAGUUGGAUAUGGGACAGACAGACAGACACUGGUGUAGUUGGAUAUGAGACAGACAGAUAGACACUGGUGUAGUUGGAUAUGGGACACUAGACUAACACCCUCCAUGUGAUUGUCUGAAAUAACAGCCUAUUCCCUACGUAGUGCAGAGGGCCCAUAGGGCUCUGGUCAAAAGUAGUGCACUAUGUAGGGAAUAGGGUGCUACGGCCCAUAGGGCUCUGGUCUAAAGUAGUGCACUAUGUAGGGAAUAGCAUGCUGUUUCAGACACCGCCUGUCUGUCUGCGGAGUGGAAAGAUAUGUUGAUUCUAAUCUCAAAUCUUUUUGUAAAUUGCAUCAAAAUGUUUUAAAAGUCUCCAUCGGAUUUAAGUUACUGUACAACAGGAAGAUGAUUGGCUGAUGUCUUAAUGAUCCUCUCAGGUGGUCACUGCUCUGAUUGGACGGGAUGAAAUGGUGCACAGUGAAGAUCCACCUCUGUGAAUGGCUGUUAUGUUGAUGGGGGCGGGUCUGACCGUCUCUCUCUCUCUGUUUCUAUUGGUCACAUUAGUGAUCCGUCUGUCUGUAAAUGCAGCUACUGUCUCGAAAAGGCCUCCUUGUGGUCGUUACUAGUUAAUACGGCCACAAAGUUAUAAUUAUGGCUAAAGCCCGUCUAUUUCUAAAAUGUUUAUUCUUAAAUUCAGAUUUUUAUCUUAACCCUAAACACACUGAUAACCAACCUUUAAAUGAAGACCACAUGUUGUUUUCGUGAAUUUUUUACGAUAUAACCAACUUUAUGACUUUAUGGCUGUGAUACAGACAGGAAGUACACUAAACUACAGGAAGUGCUAGGUGUCAUGGCCCCUCCUGGAGGAGCAGAGAGAGAGAAGUGGUUAGUGAAGCAGUUUAAAUACCCUGAGCCCAGGUGGCUCCAAUCACUAACGACCCUCCUCUGCCUGCAGGAGGAACCGCCCCCUGCACUGCAGAGGUGGCCGUGACAUAGUCAAUUAUAGAAUGGCGUGCAGGUUCUAGAACCAUCUCUGGUCACAUGACAGAACAAUUAUAGAAUGGCGUGCAGGUUCUAGAACCAUCUCUGGUCACAUGACAAAACAAUUAUAGAAUGGCGUGCAGGUUCUAGAACCAUCUCUGGUCACAUGACAGAACAAUUAUAGAAUGGCGUGCAGGUUCUAGAACCAUCUCUGGUCACAUGACAGAACAAUUAUAGAAUGCCGUGCAGGUUCUAGAACCAUCUCUGGUCACAUGACAGAACAAUUAUAGAAUGCCGUGCAGGUUCUAGAACCAUCUCUGGUCACAUGACAUAACAAUUAUAGAAUGGCGUGCAGGUUCUAGAACCAUCUCUGGUCACAUGACAGAACAAUUAUAGAAUGCCGUGCAGGUUCUAGAACCAUCUCUGGUCACAUGACAGAACAAUUAUAGAAUGCCGUGCAGGUUCUAGAACCAUCUCUGGUCACAUGACAGAACAAUUAUAGAAUGGCGUGCAGGUUCUAGAACCAUCUCUGGUCACAUGACAGAACAAUUAUAGAAUGACGUGCAGGUUCUAGAACCAUCUCAGGUCACAUGACAUAACAAUUAUAGAAUGGCGUGCAGGUUCUAGAACCAUCUCUGGUCACAUGACAUAACAAUUAUAGAAUGGCGUGCAGGUUCUAGAACCAUCUCUGGUCACAUGACAGAACAAUUAUAGAAUGACGUGCAUGUUCUAGAACCAUCUCAGGUCACAUGACAUAACAAUUAUAGAAUGGCGUGCAGGUUCUAGAACCAUCUCUGGUCACAUGACAGAACAAUUAUAGAAUGGCGUGCAGGUUCUAGAACCAUCUCUGGUCACAUGACAGAACAAUUAUAGAAUGGCGUGCAGGUUCUAGAACCAUCUCUGGUCACAUGACAGAACAAUUAUAGAAUGGCGUGCAGGUUCUAGAACCAUCUCUGGUCACAUGACAGAACAAUUAUAGAAUGCCGUGCAGGUUCUAGAACCAUCUCUGGUCACAUGACAGAACAAUUAUAGAAUGGCGUGCAGGUUCUAGAACCAUCUCUGGUCACAUGACAGAACAAUUAUAGAAUGCCGUGCAGGUUCUAGAACCAUCUCUGGUCACAUGACAGAACAAUUAUAGAAUGCCGUGCAGGUUCUAGAACCAUCUCUGGUCACAUGACAGAACAAUUAUAGAAUGCCGUGCAGGUUCUAGAACCAUCUCUGCACCCAGACCAGUUGGCCAUGUAGCUGCUGAUUUGAGGGUGAGGACGGACACUUGUUUCACACUAAUGCCUUCUAUUUUACUGUCAUUACGUCCCUAAUGGCACUGGUAUUCCCUAUGUAGUGCACUACUUUUGACCAGACCACUGUCCAUAGGACCUUGCGAUAUACUAGCGUCCUGUUUAGGGGGUGUGCUUGUACAUCAAGCUGCCUCACACUACAGAAACGGGCGAAACGGAGCCGGUCUUUCUGGCUCUGACGAGGCUUUACUUACCAUACAGGUCAAAUUGGGUCGUUUGAGACACAUACUGUGGAUGGGGAUGUUCUACUGUGUGUUAGUGGAUGGGGACAUUCUACUGUGUGUCUCAUUAGUAAUAAAAGGCUGUAGCAUGAUCUAAGACCAAAUCUGUCUGUGGUGAUCUGAUCGUCCCUCUGUCUGUCUGCAUACUGAUCUGUCUCUGUGUCGCUUGGGUACAACUAGUCAGUCAGUACCUACCAAUUAGAAUCACUAAGGUCUGAAAUGUUGUGUAGAGUGGAAGGUGAGCAUGUGUACUACGUCAUACACAACAUGUGUAGAGUGGAAAGUUAACGUGUACUACAUCAUCGUACCUCUCUGCCUUUUUUAUAUCUGUAAACAGGAAGUGAUAUCAGCAGCAGUUAAACAGUACUGUCCUUCAUUUCAGGUCUUCAGUCAUUUCAGAACAACGAAGAAAAACAGCCGAAACGUUAUUAUCUGAAGGCUAAACUAGCUUUUUAACGUCAGGAAUAUUCUUAGAUACUUUGCCGUAACAGGGAAAAUAAAAACCUAAAAUGCAUUUCAACUGAACAAUAAAAAUGCGUAAAUCAUAAA